ACAUAAUUGUUUCAAAAUUUUAUUGGCGGUAAUGGUUAAUAACUUAAUACUCAACUCAACACAAAUUUAGAGCUGAAACUGCACAUUUCUCAUUAAUUACUAUGCUAAUGAUGCUUACACCAAUUUUCCCUUUCAAAUUCUCACACUUUCCACUUACCCAAACAAGAAUUUUCUCUGCCCCCAAUUCCCUCCUGAGCUUCUGCCAAACACCGAAUUAUGAUUUAAAAUAUUGGAAUUCUUUGAUUUCUGAGGCAUCCAAAAAUGGAAAUUCAAAGGAAAGUUUUUAUAUUUACAAAAGAAUGAGAAUGGACAAAGUUGAACCCGACUCUAUUACUAUGAUUAAUUUAUUGAGGUCACUAGUCGAUUUGGGUUCAUUGAGAGAAGCAAAAGCUAUUCAUUGUGCAACUGUUGUGCUCGGUUUGUGUGAAAAUGUGUUUGUUAGUACUGCAUUACUGUCAGCGUACUCAAAACUGGCUGGUUUAACGGAUGCACGGAAAGUGUUCGAUGAAAUGCCUGAGAGAGAUUGUGUAGUAUGGAAUAUAAUGAUAUCUGGUUAUUCUCAAAAUGGGCAUCCUGAGAAAUCUAUUGGGUUAGUCCGGGAUAUGGCGAAAUCUCGGGUUAGAGCGGAUAUGUUUACUGUGCUGCCUGUUGUUUCUUCAAUUCGACAGACGAAAAGUGUUGGAUUGGGGAAAGAAAUGCAUGCUCAUGUGAUAAGAAAUGGUUCUGAUUUUCAGGUUUCGGUUCCGAAUUCUCUUAUUGACAUGUAUUGUGAAUGCGGUGUUUUGAGUUAUGCUCAGAAGAUGUUUAACUUGCUUGGUGAUAAGACUGUAGUUUCGUGGAGCUCGAUGAUCAAGGGUUAUGUAAAUCAUGAUAAGUCUCUUGAUGCGUUGUCUCUCUUCGUUAAGAUGAAGAUUGAUGGAGCGAGAGUUGAUUUUAUUACGGUUAUUAAUGUUUUGCCUGCUUGUGUAAAUAUUGGGGCGUUAGAGCAAGUAAAAAACCUUCAUGGAUACUCGGUUAAACUUGGUCUAAACGCGCUAGCAUCUCUUAAUACUGCACUGCUUAUCAGCUAUGCUAAGUGUGGAUGCAUAGAGAUAGCGCGGAAGCUUUUUGAUGAGGAGAAAAUUACGAAGGACAUAAUAAGUUGGAAUUCGAUGAUCAGCGCGUAUGCAAAGCAUGGAGCAUCGUCACAGUGUUUCAAGUUAUAUAGCGAAAUGAAGCAAUCAAAUUUAAGACCGGAUGAAAUAACAUUUCUUGGACUAUUGACAGCUUGUGUUAAUUCUGGUCUCGUUGAAGAAGGACGGACGUUAUUCAAGGAAAUGCAGAAAACCUAUGCUUGCCAACCCAGCCAGGAACAUUACGCGUGCAUGGUUGAUUUACUAGGGCGCGCUGGCCAUGUCGAUGAAUCAAGGGAACUCGUAAAGACCAUGCCGUUCAAACCAGAUGCACAGGUGUGGGGUCCUUUAUUGAGUGCCUGUAAGAUGAAUAACUCUGAAACCAAUGUAGCGGAGGCUGCAGCUGAGAAGCUGAUAUCUAUAGAACCCGGAAAUGCCGGAAACUACGUUUUGCUGUCGAACAUAUAUGCAGCAGCAGGAAAAUGGGAUAGAGUUGCUAAAAUGAGAAGUUUAAUCAGAGAUAAGGGAUUGAAGAAAACUGCUGGCUGUAGUUGGCUUGAAAUAAAUGGACGUGUUCAUGAGUUUCGUGUUGCUGAUCGAUCGCAUCAGAAUACGACUGAUAUGCUUAUUGUAUUAAGAAAUCUGGAGUUAGAAUCCAAAUUGUCUAGGGAUGAAACUGAAUCAACUUUAAUCAAUGCUCAUCUUUUCCAUUAUUAUGAAGCUCUUUGUCUUAUUAUAAUCAUGACUACAAUUUUUUCUCUUAUUAGCAAGCAGGAUUGCCAGUUAGCAUCUAAAUCUUGA